AUGGAUUUCAUCAAAGACAUUGCCAACAGGGCACAAAAGAUACUAGAUAAUGGUAACACGUCGAAAAGAUUGACCAAGGCAGAGUUACUGAGAAGGAGGUUCAAACUUCCAGACUCCGAGGCCAUCAUAGAUGAAUCUCUAGUGGAAUUGAGAGUGUCAUCAAGCUAUCUACGUGCCCGCAUUGAACGAAUGGCAAAAUUAGGAGUUUCAAUUGAUGGUCCCACUACGUUUAACGGGAGACUUACAUUGACGGACAAUUACCUUGUAUUUGAGGAUUCUUACAAUUCUAUAGUGUGUUCAUUUGUUAUAGAGCUACCGAUGGUUCAACGGAUUCAACGAAUACAUCGAGCCUACGAUUUUUCCAUUGCUCUACUGACGACAAAUGGAUUGGAAAUCACUCUCAAAUUCAUAGGAAUCAAGUCUCAAUGUGAGAUGUAUGGACAAAAGCUCAUUCAUCUGCUUAAGGAUAAGCUUUCCGAUGUGAAGGCUAUGAAUGAAUUCCGUAAGAGUCUCUAUUCAGAGUAUUUACUUUCAAAGAACAAUUGUAACACCUUGGAGGUCAAUGGAGCUCCGGAAGGUGGCCUAGGAUGGGUAUUCAAGUUCCCUGGCAAUGCUCAGAAGCUUAGAGAUCGGCUCAAGAUGAAGAAAUGGUUUGACUUCUUCAGGGAAAAUGGUCGAAACUUUGCUAUGGUUCAUAAUAUUCUCUUUCAUAAGCUUGUCAGUUAUGGAUUACCCAAUAAAUUGAGAGGGGAACUUUGGGAAACGUGCUGUGGAUCUAUCUAUCUCAGGUAUAUGCACAAUGACGAGUAUAACACGAUUCUUGUUGAGCAUGAUGGUGAGGGUUCUUUAGCGAUUGAAGAAAUUGAAAAAGAUUUGAAUAGAUCUUUGCCGGAGUAUCCGGCCUAUCAGAAUCCUGAAGGUAUUAACAGAUUGCGUCGGGUUCUAACUGCUUAUUCGUGGAAGAACCCUGAUGUGGGUUACUGUCAGGCAAUGAACAUUGUGACGGCUGCCUUACUGAUUUAUAUGUCUGAGGAACAAGUGUUUUGGUGCUUAACUGUGUUAUGUGAUAAGAUAAUUCCUGGCUAUUAUUCCAGAACUAUGUAUGGUGUGUUAUUGGACCAGAAGGUGCUUGAAGCUCUUUUUGUCAAGACUCUUCCAUCUUUGGGCGAGCAUUUCAGCUCUCACGAUAUUCAAUUGUCGAUUGUUUCGUUACCGUGGUUUCUUUCCUUUUUCUUGAGCACGAUGCCUCUCAUAUAUGCAUUCAGAGUGGUAGACAUGAUGCUUUUACAUGGUCCUAAAGUAUUAUUCCAAGUUGCUCUAGCUGUUGUUAGAGUUAAUGGCGAAGCACUUCUCAAAUGUGAAGAUGAUGGUGAAUGCAUUGCCGUUUUCAAAGAUUAUUUUGCGUCUUUGGAUGAUAUGGAAAUGUCGUUGCUUCACCAGGAUCGUAUGAGACCCAAGUUUGAUAAUCUUUGGGAAGUUGCAUUCAGAGAAUUCUCUGUUAUAGAUGAUAAAGUUAUUGAACAACUGAGAAAUAAAUUCAAGAAUGAGGUUUUCCAGGGCAUAGAGACGUUUGUAAAACGUGCCGAACUCCGAAACUUGCCGAAGGCCCACAAUUUAACAAACGAGCAGUUAUCAAACAUUUAUGACAGAUACUAUAGUGCUUUGAUUGAGGGUGCAGAAAACCCACCGGAUAGAAGUGCCAGCACGAUGGAUUUCAAUCAUUUCGAAGUUUUCAUGGGCCAAUUGGUUGAUUGGAUUAAUGCUGGUGAAAUAACUCGGAAGCACACAGAAUUCUUGAAAAGACUCUAUGAGCACUGGUCAAAUAACGAAGGAAUCAUGAAUCUUGAAACCCUUAUUAUGGGGUUGGAUAAAAUUAUGGAUAAGGAUAUCAUGAACUCUCUUUCCAACUUUAUUGCUCUAUAUGACGAUAAAGGUACUGGAAAGAUUGAAAAAGAUGUGGUAAUUCAGUUGGCUGAAGAUCUCAUCUUCAUCACCACACCAUGGAGGGAGGGAUUGGUCUUUGAUGACAUAACGAACCAAGCAAUUGAGGCUGAGAUAGCUAAAAAGAUAGUGGAGCGGAGGGAACUGUUGAAAAAGCAAGGAGUAGAAAUUAGCGAUGAUGACGAUAUCAGGCUCCCGAAUGAAGUCAAAUUUAACGAGGAGAAGUGGCAGGGAAGACAGGCUGAGAGAUAUAUGAAAUCGAGCUCCAACUUCUUGAGAAUGAUCUUUCAGUAUGCACAACCUGUAGAGGAUUCCAACGAGCCCUUGAUUGAUCUUGGUGAGACUGAUAAGGGAAAUGAAAGUGUUAAACACAACAUGGCAUUGGAUCCUUCUCGUCCUGUUUACAUCACACCAUCGACAUUCAGGAUGGUCAUUCUUGCAGAUGACACCUAUGAAUCAUUUUUCCGCACGCAGUUCUAUAAAUCGUUCCACGUGGACGAGAAGAUCAACAAAAAUGUAGGCGUUGUGGACAAUUUGAGAGGUAUGCUCAAUAAUUUCUUAGCCGAUGGUAGACGAGUGGCUGUUCAAGUAAGAAAGCGUAUGGAUGAAGCUACAAAGAAUACCAAAUCUUCUGCAGAUGGAAGGGCAGGUGCAGUAAGUAGCAGUGCAUCUAUGAGCAGCAAAUCUAACAGAUCCCGUGCAUCAAGCUCUAUAAACUACAAUGAUGAUGAUGAUGAUGACGAUGACGACGACGACGAGGAUGACUUCGGUAAUUUCGUGGGAGUUGGAUAUGAUGACUUAGGUGACAUUCCAACAGGUGGAAACGAAAUGAGCGUGUUGCAUGAUUUAAAGGAUGCCGAAAAAGAGACACAGUUGGCUCAUAGUUUAAAGGCUGCUAAACUAGAGUGA